AUGCAGCACACUUUGAAGUCUCAGGGGCUGGCGGAUCUGGUGAGGGAGGACUACGGCUUCAUCGACGCUGACUCAGAUGGCGUCAUCACCAGGGAGGACCUGCAGGCCUUCAACACCGGCCUCACCGCGGAGGAGGGCGUCCCCUCCAUCGGCGACGGCCAGCUGGACUUCAGCCUGAAGCUCUUCGACCUCAACCAGGCCGCAGCGGCGGCGGGCUAG